CUUCAAGUCCUGAAGCGCGCCCCAAGUUUUGACUCCUCUUUCCAAGAGACUUUCAAAUAUCAUUGCUUAAGUCAUCUUUCAAACCUCAACCCAAGCACAUACAACCAAAUUUGUUCAUGGACCUCCUGGAUGGGGUUCGCCACAUGAAGAGUCAAGAUAAACGACCUGACACUCUGUAGAAAGAGGAAAAAAAGAGACGGAGAGCAUUAAGCACGGCCAAAAACGGUUGAGUGGAUCCACAAGGAACAUCGCCCCUGUUCAUGAAUCGUUCUUCACUUGUUCCGUCUCGUUCUGCACUCUGCUUCCAGAGAUAAUGACAAUCUGGGUCUAUUCCCUUCUUGUUCUCAUCCUCCAAGAGGGCGUUUCCGCUCUUCAAUGUGCCCAAUGUACAUCAGAGUUGAGCCCAAGAUGCAAAGAGAACCCUGGAUCACCCCAAGAAUGCCAAGGAGACAUGAAGUAUUGCAUCACCAUACGGGAAUAUCUGAGGAAUGAUUCAAGAUCCAUCUUUGACGAGGACGGAGGUCACGUCCCACCCACGGAGGACGAGGACGACGAUUCGUUCUUCACCCGCCGAUCCUUGGUGUUCAUGGCUCGGAGUUGCGUCAAGUUUUUCGGUGGGAACAAUUGCGACGAGGGCGUCAAGGAGGGACAACUGAGGACCAUUUGCAAGGAGUACUGCAGAACGGAUGGGUGCAACCACGCCGCUUCUGCUGAAUCUCAUAUGGCUCAACUAUUGUUUGUGCUCAUUUCGAUGAUUUGGGUAUGGAAACAAAAGAACGUCCAGCAUUGGACGGUCUAGAUGAUUUUCUCUUUUUGAAAUAUAAAUGAACUAAAACUGUCCCCAA